AUGAUGUUCUUUUGUAAAGUCAAUUUUUUUCGAUUCAAUUCUAUUCGAAUUAGUUUUGAUCAAAUUCACGUACGAUUAAAUCAUCAAACAAAUAGUGAUGGAUUACAUCAAUAUUUUGAUAAAGAAAUAAGUCAACAUAAGAAAACUGGUCGUUUACCAUCAACAUUUCAUUUGAAAGAUGUUAAAUAUUAUGAAAUACUUUCUCGCAUUCGGAGUAAAUCUGAUCGUCUUUCAUAUCUUCGUUCUUUAAUGUCAAUUAUUAAUACUCCACCAGCAUUUGCUGCACAAACUGAUUCUGGCGGUGUGCACAGAGGAUUUUUAUCUCCAUUUCGUAGUCUUCGUCAAUCUGAUCUAGUCGAUAUAUCAGCAUGGAACUAUUUAAAAGUUCAAAGACUUAAUGAAAAUUUACUAUUGAAUUGCUCUGGCAUUUCUAGUCUUCCAUUAGCACAACUAACUAUUGACAUGAGAGCAAAGUUGAACCUAUUAAACGACCCCUGGUGGCCAAUAUUAAUUGGUGUAUCGAAUGAUCUUCAUGCAGAAAUAAUUGAUGUAUUAAAAACAAGAUAUCAAUUACAUGGUCCGCAUCUAUAUACAUGGGAAACACAAGAAGAUCUUUCAAAUAGAAAAGAUUUAACAUUAAUUUGUGCUAAUCGUGGUGAAACUAUUUAUGAACUUGAUUCAAGAACAAAUUAUAUUGUUCAAAUCGAUGCAGAUCAGCAACGAUGUUGUUUAGGAAAUGCACCAACUGACGGUGAAAAAUUCUAUAAAGAUAUUGUUAAAGUUGGAUCAAGGACAAAAAGUUUUGAUUUAUCAAAAAGAAUCCUAACACCAGAUCUAUUUACAAUAUUAGCUUCAUUUAAAAUGAAAGGAUUAUUUUAUAAAAAGAUGCUAAAAGAAAAUGAUGAUGAAACUUAUAAUAUAAAACAGAAAACUCGUAUUGGUUUAAUUUCUCAUUAA